AUGUCUCGACCCAGUAUCAUUUUCGGUGGUGCUUCUUUUGGUAGUCCAUUGAUUGGAAAGAACUUCUGUACGCCCGAGAACGUAAAGGAGCUUCUAGAUCAGCUGAAACCUCAUAAUGUGAACAGGAUUGAUACUGCUGCUCGGUACUCCCCAGGAAAUCCGGGUGGCUCGGAGACAUUACUAGGUCAGGUAAAUGCUGCUAAGCAAGGGUUCAUCAUUGAUACGAAAGUCAAUAUUUCUGAUGCCAAUAUUGCCACUGGCGCGGGCUCUUUAAGUGCUGUCGCGAUAUCUAAAUCUAUCGAUGAGAGCUUUAGUCGACUAAAUGUGGAAAGCGUUCACAUUCUACAUUUUCAUCGGUCUGAUCCUACUACCCCUGUGGAGGAGCAAGCGGCUGAGAUGCACAAGCAAUAUUUAGCGGGUCGUUUUGAAAAGGUUCAAUUUGCCUCUUAUUACGAAUCUUUGAUACUGUUGACUGACUACCUCUAG